AUGAUAACCAAUACCAUAGCAAAUGAGGUGUCCAAGCAAAAUGCAACAAAGAGUAGCGCAGCAAACUCGAAUAUUCAGUUUUCGAAAAAUUUGACACAAGGUGGCUUCAUCUCUUGUGUUCUAACCUGUCCAAAAAAAAAACCACUAGAAACCAAGAAAGACCUCAAAAGAAAAGCUGCAAUUCAAGCAACUGCUGGAUAUACCGAACUGGAUGCCGAAGCCGAAAAUGAGAUCUUUAAUCAGAAGAAUAUGCACAAUAAUGGUUUUAUAAUUAAGCCCCCGUUACAUGUGAUCGAUAAAGAAUUGGUAAACCACGGAAAUCACUUGCCCCCCGCCAGAAUCGCGACGCCAAGUGGACGUCGACCUGGUCGCCCAAG